GGAAUAUUGAAAAGAUUUGUUUAAAAAGCGGUAGGAUUUUGCGACAGUUAUGUAGUCGUUUACGGCAGUCGCAGUCAUGCGCACUAAGGCAAAUCCAGACCAGCGUUACACCCGCUGGAAGAGACAGUGGUUCUGAGCGUGUUGAUGCUCCCGCUGUUGAGGACUGUGGGAUUGCGUGCGUUCUCCAUGGCAACCGAAGCGUAUUCCUCCGGUACUCACUCCGCAGCCUUCGUCACCUGCCCCAAUGACACCGUGGCCAAAGACCUGGCCAGAGGGAUAGUGGAAAAGAAGCUGGCAGCCUGCGUGAACAUAGUGCCAAAAAUCACAUCAGUAUAUGAAUGGCAAGGGAAGAUCGAAGAAGACAGUGAAGUGUUGCUGAUGAUUAAGACAAGGACUACAAAGAUCUCUGCUCUCGCUGAAUAUGUUAGGUCUAAUCAUCCGUAUGAAGUGGCCGAGGUCAUUAGCUUGCCCAUUGAUCAGGGAAACCCUCCCUACCUGAAGUGGAUCGGAGACAUUGUGCCUGAAUAAAUGAGCAGUCAGGAGUAACAAAAAAAAUAUCCUCACCAGAUCCUGGGAAAUACUUUCAUUAGGGUUCAUUAGGAAGGCAUCAAUCUUCAUUUAUUAUUUGAUCUGAAAAUGCUGUUAGACCUGCUGCACACUGCACUCAUAAUGUACAGCUUUUACAUGAAAUCAUUUCAAUUUCUCUUUAAUAAAAUACUGUUCUAAAAAUCUGA